CUUUGCCAGAAAAGGCAGCCUGCCCUUCCGUAUCUGCGGACUCUGUAUCCACUGUAUUCAUCCCUUGAUUCAGCAACUGGGGGAAAAUUUCACUGAUACUUCGGCAUAUUUUUACAGCUCUCUAAGAAUGCCUGCCAUAGAUGUGGGCGAAACGUCAGGAGAGAAUGCUUCUGGAACAUGGCCAUAUAGCCCGAAAAACUCACAGCAACCCAUUUUUAUGGCUGUUGGAAAGUUGUAUUAUAACAAUGCAGAGGGCAUCACGACUAAAGAGAGAGUUGCACCUGUUAACUACAGAGCCACCACCUGGUAUUACCUGCUGGCAGAAUGGAAGCCGCAUAGACGAACUUAAAGCACAAAUACUGGGUUCUGCAAAUACACCUUAUGAAAAGGGACUUUUUGACGUGGAAGUAAUUGUGCCUGAAAGAUAUCCAUUUGAACCCCCCAAAAUGCGCUUCCUGACUCCUAUCUACCAUCCUAACAUUGACUCAGCAGGAAGAAUCUGCCUCGAUGUUCUCAAAUUGCCACCUAAGGGUGCAUGGAGACCAUCCCUGAAUAUUUCCACAUUGCUAACCUCUGUACAGUUGCUAAUGAAUGAACCUAAUCCUGAUGACCCUCUAAUGGCAGAUAUAUCCUCUGAGUAUAAAUACAACAAGCAAGAAUUCCUCAGAAAUGCCAGACAAUGGACAGAAAAGUAUGCAAGCCAGACAACAAUGGCCUUGGAAACUGCAAACAAAGAGAACCACCAAAGGGAAGCCAACCUAUCCAAAGAUUCUAACAUUUCCCAGAAAAGGAAAGGAAGCAAUAUCACCGGAUUGUCAAAAAAAGGUAUUCAACAUCGAGCAUCACAGAACUAGUAUUUUCUGGGUAGCUUUUAACGUCCAUGUUUUUCUGGACCAAGUAUGUAUUAUGGUCAUCAUUCUUAAUGAAUUAAAUGUUUUUCUCAGUGAUAUCUGUAUUUUAGCAAUCUUUCUUACCAGGGCUGGGAGUACACUGGAUGUUAGAGUAUAGCUUUGAAUCAUCAAGUUCUAACUGGAAGUCAUCUACAUCCAAGUCAUCUAAAUAACAAAACAGAAAGAAAGACAUCACAGUUAUAAUAAUGUUUAUCUUUCUAUUGUGAUGAGUCUCUUAUUUUCUUAAAGUCAAGCAAUUGGAAUGGUGAGUAGCAAAUCUUUGCUAUGAUUUUUUUUACAUUUCUGUAUCUUGAGAUUAGAGCAAGAAGCCCCAGAAAUAAAACUUUCCAGAUGAGAAGUCUCAAUAUCCACAAAGAACUUGUUUUGUAGUUAUGCUACAAAUCUUAAUUCUAAAGUUUUCUUAAAAUGUCAGUCUUCAACAAAACCCAAACCCACUCUUAUCAUUUUGAGGGAGGUAUCUGUCUUAAAAUUUUAUAAUCCAAAAAUAUCUGCUAAACAUUCAUUGAUAUUUUCCACAGAUUAAAUCUGUAAGUUUGUACUGUCAGAGGGAACACAGUCAUAUUGUUGCAAACUGAUAAGCAAUUGUUGUUUUAAUGCUUUUGUCCUAUGCUUUAUAUGUUUAUGACACAAAUCAGCUUGUUACUAACACACUGGAGGUGGACAUAUUUGCUUGUUUGCUUAAAGCAUUUAUGUAUCCUCUCAGCCUCACAGGAUUGCCAAGGUGGUGUAAAAUGGAAAAAAUUGUUUAAAUAGAUGAAAAACAGUUGAAAUCAGACCAGAAACAUUCCUUUAAAAUGAUUUUAAAUCAUUUUAAAUGCCCAGAACAAAUGUCAGGAACCAAAAGCCAGAUGAAAGAACACCCUUUUAACUACCUGCCAGAAACUCAAAAAGGAAGCCUGAAUCCUAUUGGGAAGAGAGCUGGAAAAACACCUUGAUGUUUAAGUUCCAGUGUCCCCACUGACAGAAGCACCUUAUAAUAACAGAUAGGAAACACUGCAUUUAUGGAAUUUCUCCCCACAGAAUGAAGCAAAGUGGGAAAGCUGACCCUGCUUGUCAGUGAGACAUAGAGCCUUUGUCAAGCAAAAUUCUGACAACACUACAAUUAAGGAUUCCUCUCUUCAGUAGUUGCUUUCCGCUUUAAACAGAGCUUUCAUACAGUACAGAAUUCAUACUGAAUAUUUCCCCAAGGAAUUUUUGUGCAAAAAAUAAAAAUGAUGAAUGUCUGUGAGCAAUAUUGCCCAUCAGUAAUCCCUUCCCACUACAGGGAGCUCAGGUAGCUCCAACCUAGGCGAGGAAUAUGUUGGCAUCUGGAAGAGAAUUACUUCUUGCCCAGCAGUCUAGACAGUUGAGUCUUUGCUGUUUAUUUUACUGGAGGUGUUGAGAACAUGAUUUGGGCUGUCUUAGCAAAAAGGUGCAUAUUCUUUUUCCCACAAACAUCCUGCCAUCAAAACAGCCUGGUUGUACAAAGGUAACUACAGAGCUUCCAUUGAACUUGCAAGUGAAAAAAUAAGCCUAUUUUGUGUACUGCUGGAUGCAGGGCAAGGCCCAAUGGCACAGCUUAAAAGCUAUGUCGAACCCGUUCCCUCAGGCUACAUGAAUCCUCUCUUGUUAUCUGACUUUGACUGAUGCAAAGCUUUUGCAGGAAGAAAUGUGAGCAAAUCAAUUCAUGCCAUCACGGGCAAGAGGAUGCCUGCCCACCAAAGAAGAUAGAUUGGUAACAAACCAACAUGCCAUUUCAUACAUACUUUCUGAAUUUCUGCAGUUGGACUAUGAAGGAGGACAACAUUGUGAGCUCUCAUGUAGCACAGCAGAAUGGAUGUCAGCGUGUCCCAUCUUUGCUAGCAGAACAGAUAUUGACACCUAUGCCUGAAUGUCCCAAAUAAUAAACACCUUCUAACUGGGCUAAGACUCAAAAGAGACAUGCACAAAAAGUGGAAAUGGAGAAAUUACCAAAGAAGAAUUUAAAUGAAUAACCCAACUCCUGUAGGGAAAAGGUUCGCAAGGCUAAAGCUCAAAACGAACUCAGGCUUGCCAGAGACAUUAAAAACAAUAAAAAGGGCUUCUUUGCUUAGGUCGGUAGGAAAAGGAAGAACAAGGAGGCGAGAGGGCCUCUGCGCGGAGAAGAUGGGGUAAUGCUGAUGGGAUGGGGAAAAGGCAGAACUUCUUAAUGCCUACUUUGCCUCAGACUUCUCACAAAAAGAAAGCCAGCCUCAACCUCAGCAACAUGGAGUGGAUGAAGGAUUGCGGGAAAUCCAACCUCAAAUAGGGAAACAAGUUGUCCAGGAACACCUGGCCGCUCUAAAUUAAUUCAAGUCCCCAGGUCCAGAUCAACUACAUCCAAGAGUAUUGAAGGAACUAGCUGAAGUUAUUUCGGAACCACUGGCAAUCAUCUUCGAGAGUUCUUGGAGAACGGGAGAAGUCUCAGCAGAUUGGAGGAAGGCGAAUGUGGUCCCUAUCUUCAAGAAGGGGAAAAAGGAUGACCCAAACAAUUACCGUCUGGUCAGCCUCACGUCAAUACCAGGCAAGAUUCUGGAAAAGAGCAUUAAGGAAGUGGUCUGCAAACACUUAGAAACAAAUGCUGUCAACAUGGAUUUAUUAAA